AGGGCUGUCGUCGCCUCGGUCCGGGAGGGGAAAUUUCUGCAGCAAUGCGGCGCCGAGUCACGGUCCCGCCGGGUCUCCCCGCUAGUUGCGGAUGAAGCCGGAACAAAACGGCCAGCCGGCGGACCGGGUCGCCGGCGGGCAGGCCCGGGUGGUGCUGGUGCGUCACCUGGCCGCCGUCACCGUGCUGCUGCCGCUGCUGGCGCUCACCCUCUGCUACGCCCUGUCGCUCUACAUGCACUUCGACCUGGCCAACCGGACGCACUGUCUGGUCUUCAACUUCUUCCCCUCCAUCUCGUCUGCUGCCGGCAAGUUCUCGCCGCAAAAGUUCAUCUGGCGCGCGCUGCUGGCGCUGCAUCUGGCGCCGCGCGUGCUGCUCGGUUACCUGACGCACGCGCACCUGGCGCGCGUGCUGCGCCAGUCGCCGCGCUGCCGCCGCCUGACGGCCACCUGCCUGCUGCUGUACGCCCUCGAGCAGGCCGGCCUCUCUGGGGUGUCGUUUGUCGGCUCGUUGGAACACUACACACUGCACAAGGUGUCGUUCAUCGUGUUCGUGGCCGCCUCCGAGGCGUACAUGGUGCUGGUGACGGCGCUGUUGUCGCGGUGCCGCGCCGCGCCACCCCCGCCGCACGAGCAGACCUCGCUGCGCUGGAAGCAGCGCCUCCUCACCCUGAACGUGUUCAGCCUGGUAGUGGCCAUGUACCUGUUUGUGCGGCACAACACCUACUGCGAGCCGGGCGUGUACUCGCUGUUCGCCAUCUUCGAGACGUGCAUGGUGCUCUCCAACAUGGCCUUCCACUUCACUUCCUACUGGGACUUCCACGACCUGCAGCUGUGCAUCGCCAGGGUGGCGCAGGACUAGAGGACUCUGGAGGAGGGCAGCAUGUUCGCCGGACACCGUCCUGCACCUAUCCGGCACCUUCUUACCUCAGCUGGGCUGCAUGAUGCUAGUUAGUAAAUGCACCCAGUGCUGUGAUAUCGAGCUCUAGUCAUCAGUUACGACUCUUCCGGCAUGCAAUAAGCUGUUGAAAAAUCGUUGAUGACCUCAUUGAAACGUUCCAGUAGAUGUUUGUGGAUGCAUUUGCAAAAGCUUCAUUGUAGUUCUUCAAUGUUAUUUAUGCUGCUUUGCCUUUUUAUUGGUUCUUGAGUAGGUAUGCACUGUUGGACAUUGGUGGCAUUUGUAUGAAAUAGGGUACCUACCUAUACCUGAUAUAAGUGAAAUCGCCGCGUGAUUUAAAUAUUAUCGUUGUACUUAUUUAUUUUCCUUUUGCCUGUUCUUGCCUUGACAAGUACCUACCAAUUGUAUUCAUACGAAGUGAACCGUGCAUAUUAUUCACUCAAGUUCACAUCCCUAGGCAUACGUAAAUACGCCUAAUAAUCCAACAGCAAAAGGCUUCGUAACGAAAACAACAAAAGUGAUUUAGUUAUCCGCUUUCUCUUGUUCAAAAAGGGCGAUUUAUAAAAAAGUAUGCCAUUAUCUUUUAAUGUUCCUGGUUCCUGCAGUAUACUACUACAUACGUUUCACCCAACCGCACCAGUUAGCUCUGCAUGAAUAUGUCAAAAGGUAUAAAUGCCUGCUGUGCUGCUUGUCAUCGAGAUAUGGUUCCUGUAUGCAUAGUCGUUUUUCUUGUAGUCGGUAGCCAGUCCGUAUACCUUGCAUAUCCGAGGCCUGCUGAGUGCUAAUUGCUUAUGCUUUUUUGUUUGACCAUUUUUGCAGUGUUGAAUUAGGGGAGACAGAUGGCUCAUCCUGAGGUCAUUUAAAUAGUCUGCGAGUUGCUGUUACUUACAUUUACCCAGGGUGUAACCUAUAUCCUACAGUGAAAAUGUGGAUGAUAAUUCACUAUUUGUUGUAUCGCCUGUGCUGUGUGAUGAUACUCGCUGUUUAGUUCAUCGACAUCUGUGUAGGUACCUACUUGUUUCGUAUCGUUAUCAUCUUCUUGUCUCUGUCUUUCGCUCUUUUCUCUUGUUUCUGUCAAUCGCUGGCUUGCUCGGACCGGCCAAAGGUCACCAGUCGAGUUCACCUAGAACCGUUCUACGAAGGUCAGACCAGCCACGUUGGAACGAUGCUGCAGACAGACCCGCAGCAUUUUCACCCAGCGGAGCCGGUAGAGCUGCGGCAUUUGACGCCCGGAAAACCGGUACCUCUCCUAACGGUGCACACACACACCGUUCCACUGGCACCUGGCUCCGGUGGGAAGCAGUGACGCAUGUCAGCCCCCGGGGACGUCUGAGUGCCUCCAGCCGGCGCGGCCGUGAGACACGCCGCCGCAUCCGCCGGCCGCCCCCGCCCAGAGCCGGAGUGACACGUGGCGAUCUCUGGCGACGCCGGACUAUGAGCCGUAGAUGUCUGGCGAGCCAGCCAAACUUGCCACGCCCGGGGAGCGCCGAGAGAAAGUGCCGGGCCCCAUUCCACCUGCACAGGUCACGUGAGGUCACGUGAGGUCACCCACGUGUCAUGUGCCUUCUAUCCGCGAUCUAGAAGUGCCACGUCAAUGGAAAGUCGGCUGAAAACUGCUGACCCGGGCCGCUGUCAGCUGACCACGUGGGGCCAGCGCCGACCGUCACGGAGACAGGCCAAACAGUGACGUGACGCGCUCUGUGACAGGUCGCGUCACGCCGAGCACCACGUCACGCACGUAGCUUGUGUGACGGCUCAGCUCAAGCUGCGACUGGCGGCUGUGCGGCGAUUGAUUGAAUUUGAUUUGUUUAAAUAUUUCCUUCCUCAUACACUGGUCACUGUUGCAGUGAUGUUAUCAUCAACGAAAGUUUGUUUUCGCUUCUUGAUAUAUAGCAGUUGCUACUUUAUUUUAAUGACGAUAGAUUGGAACACGUUAAGCUGUUGGUUGCACGGUAAUUGUUAUUUUAUUAUUAUGGAACACGUUAAGUUGUUGGUUGCACGGUAAUUGUAAUUUUAUUAUUAAUGCUGUUGUUGAAUUAUUCGUGAUAACUAAAUCAAACGAUUGAACAUCAAAAGUGUUCGAAUGUUUCGUGAAAUAAUGCUUCGAAAAGUUCGUGAUGUAGUAGCAAUGUAACCAUAAAUAUAAGAAUGCAUGCAAAACUACAUUGAA